UUCUUUCUGACGUGGUCGGGCUCUGUCAACUCUAUCCUUCUCGUUCCCAUCCCUACUCUUUCGGGUCUUAUUAUAAAUCCUCAUUUACUCCCAUCUCAAGCCUUCAAGCAUUAUCCCUAUCCGGUUCGCUUACAAGAUCUUCUCCAACUUUAGCAUUUUUUUUUCUGGAUAAUCUCCUAUUUUUCAGUAUAGGUGAAAAUGGAUGUUUCAGGUGGCUAAAACCAGGUUAUAUGGCAUUGAUAGAUAUUUGGGAAAUGUGUGGAGGAGGAUUCGGUACUAGCGGCUUAAGAAACAUUCCGUGUAAAAGAACAGGGAAAAAUUAUUCUAAGAGCAGAACCUGUGGUAUGGAAUUUGAAUCAGACUGGACAAAACACGAGAAAUCGAUGGCAUUCACCGGUGAGGUGAUCCGUUCUGCAACAUGUUUUAUGCCUUGGUCUUGUAAAAUCCCUAUAGGUGAUGGCUAUCACGAAUUCCUUUAAUCAAAAUUGUCAUCGUAAAUUAUUGAUUCAUCGUCUGAGUUGUAUUACGGAUCAAGGACGAGGAAGCGUCUAUUGAUCUAAAUGCCUCUUGAUCUAAUUACCUGCUCAAUCCAGAAAAUGCCAGGUGUUGUGACUGAAAAAAAGAGAUUUAGAGAACCGAUUAUGAGUUUAUUUGAUUCACUCAAACAGGAUGCUUUAGUCCGCUCGAAAAGUUAUUCUAGUUUGGCUUCUCAACUGCCAGACGAUUAUAACAGCCCCAUUCUUCCUGGGCUGCCCGACGACGUGGCAAAAUUGUGCCUUGCGCUCGUACCUCGUUCCAACUUCCCAGCUAUGGGUGGUGUGUGCAAGAAGUGGAGGUCCUUUAUUCAAAGCAAAGAAUUUAUCACUGUGCGGAAGUUAGCCGGGGUGCUUGAGGAGUGGCUUUAUAUCUUAACUAUGGAUGCUGAAGCAAAGGAGAGCCACUGGGAGGUUUUGGACUGCGUGGGGCACAAAACUCGUACUCUUCCUGCUAUGCCUGGUCCGUCUAAAUCUGGGUUUGGUGUGGUUGUUUUAAAUGGAAAGCUUCUUGUGAUGGCGGGCUAUUCAGUGAUCAAUGGAGCUGUGUUUGCAUCGCCAGAUGUUUAUCAAUAUGAUUCUUGCCUAAACAGCUGGAGCAAAUUAGCAGACAUGAAUAUUGCUCGAUAUGACUUUGCUUGUGCAGAAGUGAACGGAAUGGUUUAUGCAGUUGGAGGCUAUGGGAUGGACGGUGAUAGUCUAUGUAGUGUUGAGGUGUACAACCCCGAGAAAAAUAAAUGGGAGCUUAUAGAGUCUCUUCGCCGCCCCAGGUGGGGUUGCUUUGCUUGUGGAUUCGAAGGAAAGCUGUAUGUUAUGGGUGGAAGGUCGAGUUUUACUAUUGGAAACUCAAAGUUUGUGGACGUCUACAACCCUGAGAGGCACACUUGGUGUGAGAUGAAAAAAGGCUGUGUCAUGGUCACUGCUCACGCCGUGGUAGGGAAGAGGCUUUUCUGCAUGGAGUGGAAGAACCAGCGGAAGGUCGCAAUUUUCAAUCCGGUAGACAAUUCGUGGAAGAUGGUUCAGGUCCCAUUGACGGGGAGCACUAGUAUCGGUUUUCGAUUUGGAAUAUUGGACGGCAAACUCUUACUAUUCUCACUGCAGGAAGAUCCUAGUUAUCAGACUCUGUUGUAUGAUCCGAACGCAGCCCCCGGGUCAGAAUGGCAGACUUCCCAGAUCAAGCCUUCUGGUUCAUGCUUGUGCUGUGUUACAAUCAAGGCUUGAAAGCCCGGAUGCUAGUUUAUCUCUAUAUUUGCUCAAGGUCUUGGAUUGACCAAGAGAACUUUUAUUCAUACUUCAUGUUUAACCUUUUAGUGUUUCAAUUUUCUUUUGUUGCGUAAUUUGGUUUGUGGAUACUCUAUAAUAAACGUUUAUCGCCUUUGGUUGUAAACUUAUAUGAUUGGAAUACUGGAUAAAGUAUUCUUACCUAAAGAGAGCACCGUUAGCUUUCAUGUUUUAGAUUCUCUCAUUUUUCUUUCCGUCGAAGACUAA